GAAGUUAGAGCAGGGAACGAUUGUGAAGAACGCAAAAAAAUGGUGCAACGAAAGAUUGUGGAAAGAAGCAAUAAAGCAGCAUAUAGGUGCAGAAAAUUUCGAUGCUGAGCUAUAUUCCAUUUUAAAGACGUCUUUACAAUGGAUAGAGCAUAAUCCAGUUAC